CACACCGCAACACAGACGGUUCCAAUGCGAUUCCGACAAUCACGACAGUAAACACGACGCCCAGGUAGAAGAAGCAGACGAACGGCCAGCAGCGUUCAUGGCUGGGGGGAGAGACGACGAAGAAUGUCCAGGUCCAGCCCGCCCAUCAUCCCACUGCAACAUGCAUCACGAACCUCGCCCUCGCCGCAGCAACAGUCGCUGGCUGCUCCGCCGACGUCCACUGCAGCAUCCGCCCAUACACGCAACAGUAGCAGAAUCAAACUCCCUGGGCAGCAGUCGGUGACAUCGCAGCAUGCCGUGCUCACUGUGGAGCAGGUCGCGGAGAGGCACUCGACCUCCCUCACCAAUGGCUUGCACCCGUCCGAUGCGUCUACGAGACUUCACGUGCAAGGCCCCAAUGAACUGCCCGGAGAAGAGCCCGAACCACUAUGGCUGCGCUUUGCCAAGCAGUUCAAGGAGACUCUCAUCUUGCUCCUGCUCGCGAGUGCCGCCAUCUCGGCCGUCAUGGGCAAUUUCGAGGAUGCAGUGUCUAUUGCAAUCGCUGUGACAAUUGUCGUGAGCGUGGCUUUCGUGCAGGAGUAUAGGAGUGAGAAGAGCUUGGAAGCAUUGAACCAACUGGUGCCGCAUUAUGCGCACGUAAUCAGGGGCAUUAGUACAUCAGCCGUGUCCACCGAAAACAAAGAAUCAGGAGACUCCGAUAGCGAGGAGAAGGCGACCAGGGCGAGCACGACCAUCUCAGCAUCGCAGCUGGUGACUGGUGAUCUCGUGCUCUUUCACACUGGAGACAGGAUACCUGCGGACAUACGAAUAACACAUGCGGCGGACUUGAGCAUCGAUGAGAGCAAUUUGACAGGCGAGAAUGAGCCUGUCGGCAAGACUGCCGACACCCUUGGACCGGUCGCUUAUGCCAAUGGCAGUACCGAUCCUAGCACUAUACUACGGGGUGGGGAGAUCAGGUUAACAGAUCAGACGAAUAUCGCUUUUCAGGGAACGUUGGUGAGAUCAGGGUAUGGACAGGGCAUUGUCGUCAGUACUGGUGGUGACACAGAAUUUGGUGCCAUUAGUGCAUCUCUUGCAGAAAUCGAGUCCCCAAGGACGCCUCUACAGGAAAGCAUGGAUCGCUUGGGCAAGGAGCUGAGCUACAUGUCGUUCGGCGUCAUCACCUUGAUCAUGCUUGUUGGACUUUGGAGAGGCAGAAAGUUCUUGGAGCUCUUCCAGAUCGGCGUAUCUCUGGCUGUCGCAGCGAUUCCAGAAGGACUUCCCAUCAUUGUCACGGUGACUCUUGCGCUAGGUGUCCUGCGCAUGAGCAGGAGAAACGCAAUCGUUCGCAGGCUUCCAUCCGUAGAGACGCUAGGAUCCGUCAAUGUGGUCUGCUCAGACAAGACAGGCACUUUGACGCAAAACCACAUGACUGCAACGAGAAUGUGGAGUUUCGGGGACGGGAGACCUCAAGAAGUGGCAAAGGUGAUAACGGACGCGCCGAACGCUGCUACAACACAGGCCGUCUUGCGAGCCGCGAACAUUGUGAACAAUGGCAGGCUCAAUACGCACACUCACGGCCAGAUCACUGCGGCCAGUGCUGCCGUCCUUGCCAGCACAGGUGGUCAGGAUGACCUGGCAAAUGCGAAGAGUCGGUGGGCAGGCCAGCCGACAGAUGUCGCGCUGCUCGAUAUGUUGGAUAACUUUCACGAAGAUGAUGUACGAGCUCGUCUCGGUGAGCGCAAGCAUGAAGUACCCUUUUCCAGCGAGCGCAAGUGGAUGGGCGUCAUACUCGAGGGGUCGAAUGGCGAUACCACAGCGUAUAUCAAAGGUGCUUUGGAGCGCGUGAUUGACAGGUGCGACACGUACAUCUCCAGCCAAGGCGAGGUUGUGCUAGAUGAGAAGCGCAAGCAAGAGGUUGAUGCUGCAGCGCGAGAGAUGGCCGAAGAAGGUCUGCGCGUGCUUGCGUUCGCCUCGGGUCCUGUCCGACUGCGAGGUCUUAGGAAUGCCAGUAGGGACGUCAGUGCAAGCAGUCGCUCAUCUACUCCGGCAUCUACUCGUGGUGGAAAGCAGCAGCCAGCUCCGAAUGGAGAGGAUAUCUUCAGCGGACUUUGCUUCGGAGGUCUUGUUGGCAUGUCUGAUCCGCCGCGUAAAGGCGUAGACAGGUCUAUUCGACGACUCAUGGCUGGCGGUGUCAAAGUGAUCAUGAUCACCGGUGAUGCCGAGACCACAGCAGUUGCCAUUGCGAGGAAGCUAGGCAUGCCAAUCAACCUCAAUUCUGCCAUUGGCUCGCCAGUGUUACGAGGCGACCAGAUUGAUCAUAUGAGCGAAGCCGAACUUGCAGAAGCCAUGAGCAGAAUAUCAAUAUUCGCAAGGACGUCGCCUGAGCACAAGCUCAAGAUCAUCAGUGCACUACAAAGUCGUGGAGACGUCGUUGCCAUGACUGGCGAUGGUGUCAACGAUGCACCAGCGUUGAAGAAAGCAGACAUUGGCAUUUCGAUGGGCAAGCUGGGAACGGAUGUUGCAAAAGAAGCAGCUGACAUGAUUCUCACCGACGAUGACUUUAGCACGAUCCUCAAUGCCAUUGAAGAGGGAAAGGGCAUCUUUUACAACAUUCAAAACUUUAUCACUUUCCAGCUGUCCACCAGCAUCGCAGCGCUGGGCCUGGUGAUGCUGAGUUCACUCGGAGGAUGGAAGAAUCCUCUCAACGCAAUGCAAAUUCUGUGGAUUAAUAUAAUAAUGGACGGCCCACCUGCGCAGUCUCUCGGCGUCGAGCCCGUAGAUCCAGCCCUCCUCUCCCAACCUCCUCGACCUCGCGACGCACGCGUCCUGACUCCACGACUCAUCCGCCGUGUGCUCCAGUCGGCCGUCAUAAUCAUCCUCGGAACACUCAUCACUUACGUCUCCAAUCUCACACCCGAAGAUCUCGCAGCCCAUUCCGUCUCCGCUCGAGAUACGACUCUGACUUUCACGCAAUUCGUCCUGUUCGACAUGUUUAACGCUCUGGCUUGUCGUUCUGCCACCAGAUCUGUACUGAGAGGAGAGGUACCUUUGUUACCGGCGCAUUGGCUAGGGAAAAGUAAUACUGCGGCCGGGCAAGAGGGAAAUGUCAUGUUUACAUAUGCUGUUUUCGGGUCGUUAUUAGGGCAGGGGUUGGUGAUAUAUUUUCCGCCCUUGCAAUCGGUAUUUCAGACCGAGGCGCUGAGUCUGGGUGACUUGUUCAAACUGGUGGCGCUGGCUAGCACAGUUCUGUGGGUUGAUGAAGGGCGGAAAUUUUAUGAGCGGAGAAAGGCCGGAGGGAGCAUUGGUGGAAGGGCGGGUAGGAUGGUGUAAGAUGUAUCACACAAAGCUGGUUUUCCUUCUUCAUGUAUAUCUGCUUGUAUAACUAACCCAUGGCAUCUGUACAAACCAA